AUGGCGGAGCCCGACACUGUUCAGGCGGGCCGCCAACAUCACUCGUUGGCUCUAGCCCCGAAAGCCCGCUCCUCUGACCGGGGUUCACUCGACGCAUCACGAACAAAUCCAACCCCUUGA